UUAAAAAAACUAGGGAAGAUUUAUUUUAAAUAAAUAAAUACUGCAAGGAACAUGUAAUGCCUCUUCUCUUUAACAUUCAUUGUUUCCUGGCUAAUAUCUGGGUGCCCUUUAUGCUCUGAGGCGAAAAAGAUAACGGGAUUGCAAAGAGGUUUUCGUUUCUGGAUAUCGAAGAACUGGAACUUUAUGGACAAUAGAGCUCGUUCAAGUCCGUGGGUGCUGCAACCCGCCCUGAGGCGUUAUCGUGAAGGGCGGGUAAGAAACGGAAUAAAUAAAUAAAAAGGAAGGAAGGCAGGCAGCAUCUGAACCGGUUCGAGGAGAUCCUUCAGAGAUGCAGGACUUGCGUGGGCACGACGAGGCGCCCUUCAUUCAGAGCACGAGCGCCUUGGCGGGCGGGCAAGGGAAAUCCUCGCGUGGCUUUCACGCGCCACGAACAAAGAGCAGCCCUGCCUUAGCGAGAGGAGCAGGAAGCGCGCAGCCAGAAAUGCGGGGCGGUUCGUCCGCCGGCCGCCGCGACUAACUGGCCUCAGCUCGGCGUCCCUCCUCAGAUUCUUCCGAGGGAGCCCGACACGCGCGCCUUCCCACGGCGACCCGUGAGAGGCUGCCGCAAAGACCGAGGGCGCCCACCAUAGUGCAAACCCUCUACUGGAGCGGAGGGCAGGAAGGGCCGAGCCCUGCGUCGUGGGCAGCGGCGGGCCGGGUACGCUGUGCUCCCAAGAGCCUCGAGUGAACGUCCGAGGUGGGGGGGGGGCAGGGCUCCAGGGAGGGCCUCAGAAGCACGAGCAGCGUAAAACAACCGACCUCCGCUCGUCAGGGAGCGUGUGCGUUUUUGGGACGACAGUUGAAAGGGGAGGAGCGGGGAAAAAGGCGCGGAAGUUCAUUCCCGUAGCCGCGAGCUACCUCAGGCGCAGCUUCGCCGGGCAAGCGCGAAAGGGAACAGGACGGGAGGGAGGGGGCAGAGGAGAGAGAGGCGAGCCGCGGGCACGUGACAGCCUGCAGGCGAGUAGGAGGAGGAGGUGCGCGGGCCCGCACGGCGCGUGCGCCGCUCGAGGCGCGCCGGCGACGUCACAUGGGUGCGUGCGCACGUUCUGUCCGUCGGGUAACACGAUUUUUGACUGUGAACAUAGAAGGAGGAGGGGUGAGGGGUUUCUACCCGCCCUGCUCACAAUCUCACGGUAACUGGCGGGGAAGGGGAACGCCUCGCUCUUAUUUACCCGCGCGCUCGCUCGCGCGCGUGCCCCAGAAUUGACUCGAGCGCAGUUUUCCGCGUGUCCCGCACACCACCUGCCAGCUGAGAAAAUCGACACCCCUUCGUGGGAGGCCGUGAGCGAGUGAGCGGGCGGGAUCGAAGCCGAGGAGGAGGAGGAGGGGCGGGAACUCUGAGGCGGCGCGCGCGCGCGGCUCCUCGCGUGUCAGGGAGGCUCCUCGGCGCCACGCGGGGGCUGGGAGUUCGAGGCGCCUCCGCGUGCCGUGUGAAGCUGCGCUGCGGCUGCGCUGUUCCCGGGUAAGCGGCUGCGCCGAGGCAGAAGGCGAGGCGGAUCCCGGGCGACUUCGGGAUGGGAGACUUCGGCUCGCGUCCAGCCGCGCCGGGGGCCGGUGGGGCGCUGCGCCCCUUGCUCUUCGGGUCGGGCACGUGCAUGCCGAGCUCCCGAGUAGGCCGCCCAGUUUGGGAAGCUUCGGGGCCUUUUUGACUUUCGCCCCGCUCGCUACCUCCGCCGCUUUCCCUCUCUUUCUCUUUCCUCCCCCGCCCCUCGCACUCGGCAGCGUUAUGGCGGUUUCGCCGUCCAUGUUGGUAGCAUAUGUUCCUUCGGCUGGCGGCUUGCGAAGCUGCGCUUAGGGCAGAGUGGGGAAGCGGAGACGGGGCUUCGCCUCGGAGGGCGAUCCUGACGGGAUUCCUGCGGGUCGCUUCCUACGGGAGCACGUGACUGCCCGGGAGCUUUCAGGUUGAAAUGUCAACAAGCACGGGCAAGGACCUCGAUUGCGCUUUCGCACAGACUUGAUGGUGUUGGCGAGCCCUGUGCAAACCUCCGUAACGCCGCAGCCCUUUACUAGGAAGUAAGUAACGCUUACUUCCAGGAUAAUCGCGUUUAGGUUCAUUUUGACAGGUGUGAAAUGUUGGCAUGGAAGUUAUAUUCUGGCUCAUAUGUCAUUUCUGAAAGGCAAAACAUUCUUCAAUUCUCCCCUCUCCCCGCCAUUCAUUAUUGCUUAAUGGAGGAGAGGAAAGAUUCAAAGUGUGAAUGUUGUUGUUAUGAUUUAUUGGCAAGCCAGUAUUAAUCCCAGACAACCCCAGUGUAGGAAGUAAAAUAUGAAUAAACUUUAGCAACGUUGUUUAAGCCUUGUGACUGUGUUUGCAAACUCCAUCACAGUGGUUGGUUAUGUGUUGUGUGUGUACAGCGCUUGACAUGCUAUAUUUGAAGCUAAUUUUACAAAUGUUUAUAAAACAGAUAAAAUCUAUACAUUUUUGUAUAGAUCUAAUGUACAGUCUCCCACCCCAACAUUUUAGAAUUUAUUAAUACAACAUUUUUACCCCACCUUUCUUUUAAGGCACUCAAGGUGGUGUACAUUAUUUCACCUCCAUGUUACUCUCACAACAACCCUAUGAGGCAGGUUAGGCUGAGACGUAGUGACUUGCCCAAGGUCAGCCAGUGAGCUUCGUGGUUGAGUAGGGAUUUGAACACCAGUUUUCCAGGUUGGAAACAAUAUAACAAGUACUUUAGGGUUGGUGGAUUCUGCAGUUGUGUGUGACAGAGCUCUGAUAGUGGCAGUAAAUACAGCCUAGAGCCAUCUUUCUCUGGAAUACAAUUGGUUGAGUUGAAUGGAUUUGUUCUAGAGUAAAUAUUUUGUUUUAUAUUACUGUUUAUGUACUAACAAAUUUCAACAAAUGGAAAAUUGCUACACUAUUACAUUUCUUGUACUAAGUAGAUCAUUGAUACUUUCCAAACUAGCUCAGAAUAAUUCCUUAGAAUGUAUGUUACAUUGUUCUUUAUGCCUUAAUCUUUAAAACAAAUUUAAGGUUGUGAUCAGUAACUUGUUCCUUAAGGUUAAUUUCAUGCAUUUAGAAUACCAGUUAUGUGAUUUAAUAAUAAUGCUGCUCUAAAGUUCUACAGUGCCAGAGUAAAAAUCAUAUUUUGUGAUACAGUUCAGGUGAAAUGGUUGGCUAGGUUAUACACACAUUUUCAGUUGCAAUUGCUGCUAAUGUUUAGGUAGCAGCACAACCCUGUUUUGUUAUCACAUCUUUCCUUAAAGAACUCAUGCUUUUCUUCUGCUGCUUUGGAGCAUCCCUGGUGUAAUUUUUGCUGUGCUGGGGGUUGGGUAGGAAAAGAAGGGAAAGCCCAGUUUGUACAAGCAAAAGUCUGUUGCGCAAGUAGGACACCACAGUUAGACAUCAGCCACUAUUUUUGCUUCUGUGGUUACUUCUAAAUAUUUUUUGUUAUUGUGUUGUUUGUUGACCUUUGAAUUAAUUGCCCCAUAAUUUGAAAUGAAAAUCUCAUUUAAAAUUCUUACCUCUGCCAUGAAUCUACAUUUGCCAAGUGGCGAAAUUUUAUAAAAAUCAUUGUGGAAGCUGACAGUAGCAAUGUAUUGUUUUACGUGUAAUGACUGUCACUGUGAUUACUUCCGAGGGGAUCAUUUAUCAUGUAUAAUGUCUUGCUCACGUUACAUGGAUGUUACAUAUUUCAUUGACCUCCCCCUCCAGAAUGAAGAACAUGAAGAAAAAUUCGCCUGUAUUGUGAAAUCUUUGGAGAAAUUUCAGUCCAUAAUGGAGAAUCGGCCAGUUGUGUUGGGGAACCAGGAUGGUGGAACACCACCCAAUGCAGCACCUGCUCUUUAUGUUCUUGUGAAACAGCCGCAGAUCACUGGAAAAGCUGACCAGGGAGACUUAGUUUCAAAUCAAGAGGACAAUGGCCUUGCUAGCAGUAUAGCAACACCUGUAAAAUCAAAAGUGAAGACCUGCCUUCCAGCAGAUUGCACCUCAGGAAGCAUUACUGUUACCCUAGACAACAACAAUAUGUGGAAUGAGUUCUACUAUCGCGGCACAGAAAUGAUUCUGACUAAGCAGGGAAGGCGGAUGUUUCCAUACUGUCGAUACUGGAUAACAGGCUUAGACUCCAAGCUGAAGUAUAUAUUGGUUGUGGAUAUUUCUCCUGUUGACAACUUACGCUAUAAAUGGAAUGGCCAUAGUUGGGAGCCCAGUGGGAAAGCAGAACCCCAUGUGCUGGGAAGAGUAUUCAUUCACCCCGAAUCACCUUCUACUGGCCGUUACUGGAUGCACCAACCAGUCUCUUUCUACAAACUCAAACUUACUAACAAUACCUUGGACCAGGAAGGGCAUAUCAUUCUGCACUCUAUGCACCGCUAUCUACCUCGGCUACACUUGGUGCCUGCUGACAAAGCCACAGAAGUUAUUCAGCUAAAUGGUCCUGAUGUCCAUACCUUCAUUUUCCCACAGACAGAGUUCUUUGCUGUGACUGCCUAUCAAAACAUACAAAUUACACAACUUAAAAUAGACUACAACCCAUUUGCUAAAGGGUUCAGGGAUGAUGGCCUGAGCAGUAGAUUUCAGCGUGAUGUGAAGCAAAAUGGUAGCUCAGACCAGGAAGGAGGUAGCGUUAAUAGUUCUCCAAGCCAUCACAGACAUCUCACUGAAGGUGAAAUUUUUGAUCCAGAGCAGAGGGAUUUAGAGACAUCACUUAGUGCAAUGUGUAACACAGAUUUGGAUAGAGAAUCUAUCAGUCCAUAUCAUGACUUUCUGGGUUUUAUGGAAACAGAUACGUGUGAUAGUCCGAUAUUAAAACAAGAAGCACCUGAAAGGUAGGCUCAAAGUUUCUUUUUAAAGUGUGAUCAAUAUUUGGAUAAAUAUUCUGCUCCUAACCAUGCUGGGUACAAAUUAUACUUUUGAUAAAAAAUUUUUUAUAGAUAUCUGCCCAUACAGUAGUUAGAAAAGGAAGGCAAAUCAAGUUUUGCAGAAUAAGCAGCAUUCUGCAGCAGUAGGCAGUAUUAAGCUACAAUGAACAUUUCUUAAUUUGUUCCCCUGUACUGCUUAUGCACUUAUUCCUACAUGUGGUAGAAGGAGUUUCCUUAUAAUUUGGAAAUGUUCACAUGUGUGAUCCAUAUGAAUAUUUUCCUGUACAUUCAUCAGUUAAACAAUGUAUUUAUAUUGACCUCAUAUUGAGGUUAUUUUAUGGAGAAAUCCCUUCAAGUACUCAAAGCAGAUCUAAUAUAUAUAUAUAUAUGCCAUUGCACUCUCUGGAGGAAGAACUGUGCAUAAGCAAACACAUUGAAGUUUUUUUUGUAGAUAUUCCCGGAUAUUACUUGACUUAAACAUCCUUCUUGCUUUUAUUUUAGGAAGUAUUGACCUGGCUGUGUCCAAUGUGUUGCCCUCUGCCCCUGAGCUUGUUGAGUAAAGGUCUUUCUAAAUGGGUAGAAUAUAAGGCUGGGGUUAUUUUUAGCCAAUCAAAGGCUGCAUUCCUUUGCUUACUUAGGAGUAAAUCUUGGAACACAGUGGGCCUUAAUUCUGAGAAAGCAUGCUUACAGUUGUGCUGUAAAAGUUCAACUUGCCUUCAUCAUAACAUGGUAUCAUGCAUCAAACUGCAAAAGUGAAGCUUGCUGAAUACCUGUAUUUUGCCACUUUCCCAAGGCAUUUACCAUGCCUUCAAGUAGGCAUCCAACAAACCUAUUUUGAGUUUAAAGAGCUGUUGAAAUCUUGCCCACAGGUGAUGUUAUUGGAGCCUUUGUGAGGCACAUCGAUGGUGAAGUCACUUAUAUUUGUGCUGAAUUUGAUGCUGGCAUUAUUGCAAAUCCAGUGAAAGUAGAUUCUAGAGCAUUAACUUGCAUCAUUAAUCUAGUCAGGUUGUUGGGGAUCAGUUUCAGCUAAUGAUACCUGUUUUUUUUACCCUUGCCUUUUAAUAGCCAGAGGGGAUUGACUGGGUGGAUCAAGGAGGCGAUAAAUUCCUCUUUACAGGUAGAGGGGAGUGCCCACUGUCUUGAAAGGCAGUGGUGCAGGCACUCUUUAAGAAACUCCCUAGAUCUAGCAGUUUGUGAUAACUACUUCCUAGUCACACAAAAAAUCUAUAAUUUGGGGGCAAGGUGAUUUAGAAAGGUGAUGACACCUAUUUCAGUCUGGAUGGAAGUCUAGUUUUGGCACCAAAAUGGCCUUUGUUGCAAGACCGCUCAGUAGCUUUUGCUAGCACUAGCCAUAGUAUCUUGUUGGACCAGCUCUGUGGUUUGGAAGCUGGAGGCAGGGAAAUUGCAGUCCCACCUGCAGAGCUGAUUUCAGAAAGUAGCAGUUGGGAACUUCUACUUGGCGACAUGACAGUUGUGCUGUGGAAGGUCACCAGGGGAUUGGGAGCAAAGUGUCAACAAGAUACCCAGCUCUAUUUCUCAUCAUCAGAAUCAAUCGAGGCUGUGUAAUGUUGGAAUGGUUCCUCACAUUAUUAAUGAGUUGGAUAAAGAGAGCUGAGCCUUGUGGGUGACAUGGGGUUCAGGAAUUGAAUAGACAGCCUAUUCUUGAGGAGAUCAGACUCUCCUAGAAAGAACAGAUGCAUAGUCUACUCCAGGCGUAUUCCUUAAUCCAGCAAUGUCACUGGAGGCUAAAGUGAGUUCAGUGGUGCUGAGUGCCUUUUCCCAGUUACUGGAGAAAAAGCCACAGUUACCCGUUCUCUAGUAACUUCCUGUUUUGAUUAUUUUAAUAUGCUUUAUUUGGAGUUGUCCUUGAAGAUGGUCUAGAAGCUGCAACCAUUGACGAUUGCAGCUGCCAGAAUGUUCAGAACUGAAAUAAUGCAACACUGAUUCUAAAAGGUCUGCCUUGGGUGCCUAUAGUCAAGGUACUGAUGUUGACUGUGAAACCUUAAAUAACUUGGGACCCAAAUAUAUGAAUGCCUCAUCCUAUGUCAGCUUGUCAUCAUUUCCUUAGAUCAAGGCAGGAAGCCCUUCUUGUUGUCCUGCUCUGGGAGAGUUAGAUUAUGUGGGGACACAGGAUGAGUAUGUGGACAUUUUUGUCAUGUUUGUGCCAGGUAAGGAUCUUCUUGUCUGGGCUUUUGCUCAAUAUUCAGUAUUAGUGUGGUAUGUUAAGUAAAGAUGCCUGUGUGUGUUUCCCCAUGGGUUUUUCUCAUUUUAAGGAUGUGCUAUUUUUUUCCUUUCUCUUUUUAAUUUCUAAAUUGAAUUGUUUUUAGUGUGUUGUAUGUGCCUUGCUCUGGGAACAUUUGAUGAAGGGUAUGCUAUAAAAGUACUCAGAUUGAUCAACAUCUUCUGAGCCAAAGCAGUUGGAAUACAUGUGGGUGUGCAAUCUCUUGCUAAACAUUCAAGUAGCUCAGGCAGGUUUAGGUGGUGGGAGCCAGCCAAAUUCUGCCUAUUCCCUAUAUUCAGCAGCAGCAUUGUAGAAACAUUUCAAAACAUUUAAGCACCAAGGAGAAAUAAUUCAGGGCUGUAGAACUGUGAGUGGCCCCGGGUACCAAGUGUGAUUGUUGCACUCAGUACAUGGCAAGUGCGUAACAGAUAACCUUGAGCUGUCUUACAGCCCUUCUAUGGUAUUGUUGAUUUGCUGCUGCAAAGGACAAAAAGUAAAGUGGCUCUUACAUGCAUUUGAGCCAAGGAAGAAAACAGUAUGGCCCAUGAAAAGACUAUGUUGGGUUUGGGCUGACUCAUUAAAACCUAUAUUGAAUGAGCUGCUGAAGGAAACAUGCUGUACCAAUUAAUUGCCUUUACUCUGAAUUUCCCUCUUCGACUUUAAAAUUAGCAGUAGUGAUAGAACUCACGCUGGUGCCAUCAACACCGCAGGACUCUGAUGUUUAUUCUACAGCCAGUUACCUGGGGCCAGUACCACAGUCCUGUCUCUUCCUUGUCUCUAGUGCAGUCUAUUUUUCUAGUACACCCCUAAGCUUCUCUUUCUUUGGCCAUGGUCAGUGAAGAAUGGUUUCUUUGGUCAUGGUCAGUUGAUAAUGGUUAAGUUACAGAAAGACUUAUUCCUUUGGGAAUUUGCCCCAUGAUUCAUAGUGUAAGCUCAGGCAAAGCAUGGGUUGGGGCUAGGAGCAGAACACAUAAUAUGAGGCAAAAAAUUUUUAAAAAAAAUUUCAAGGGCAGUGUAUGGAAAUAACACUUUACCUCAUUUGGAACGGAUUGUUAAAUCGAGAACAGCACAAAAGCAGAUUUACUGUAGACUUUUCUUACUGCUUUCUCACCAGUAAUAAUAAAUAUUUUGAAUAAAUAAUAAUAAUUAACCUUUUCCCCCAACAGGAUCGAAAGCGGAUAAAUUUUAAAAUGACAAAUGCUAAAAACAUAGAAAAAGCCCUUGUUAAAAACAAGCAUUGAAAUAAAACUAUUAUUAUUAUUAAAAUAAAUAAAUGAAACAAGCCUAUGCAUUUGGAAAAAGCUACAAAAGAGUUUUCUAAAGCUUAUGUUUUAAGCAAUAUGCUGUUGCACUGAAUUCAAAGUAAUUGCACCAUCCCAGUUGUGAAUACAGAGGCAGAAAGCAGGAUGUUAGUGACUAUUUGGAAAUGAUAUUCUGUUAAAACAUAUUUGCAUGCCACCUAUUCAGUAAGUUGAUAUUAAAAAAUUACUUGCAUAAUACGAUUAAAAGAAGUUUAAAACUAGUCUUUACAAAAGUGAAUGUGGGUUGAGAAGAGAAAGCGCAUGGGGAACAAAACUUAGGAAGGUCUGGAUGAAAACACAGUUGAAAAUUAACUGUGCCAUGCUGUUGAGUGCUCUGUAGCAAAGACCCAAUAUGUACAGUGUAUUGUUAUAACAAUAACAAUUAAUUACUGGAAAAUUAGUGCAUGAAGAAAGAUACGAGGCCCACUAUCCUCAGGACAUGAACCCCUAGAUCAUCUAACUAGGUUUAGUUGACCUGAGGGGAGUGAAAGCCUUUGUAAUUGAAUGCGUACAUACAGUUGUAAGAGUUACUGUUAGUUAUUUGUUAACACAGUUAACUUACAGUCUGCUGUAGCUUAGCUGUGUUUCUGACUGUCAGCUGUUCUUACUCUAUUGUGAUUUAAUGUGGUCCAGCAAUCUCGCAAAUGCGAGGUGACAGUUGCUUGUUGGUUCAUUGUGAAUAAUAGGUUUUUUUAAAGGAGACAUAUUUUGUGUAUGUGUGCAAAUUAGUGCUUAGAGUAUUCUCAAGAUUAUCUACCUUUAGAGAUUGUAUGUUAAAGUUUCCUUAAAUAAAUAAUGAAAAAGAAAACAUUUAAAUGAGGAUGUGACCUAAAUGUAGAUAUAUCUGUUAGGCAAAGUUUGUUACAGCUCACCUUGGUGCUAGUGUUUUGCUGAUAGUCUGAAUUGUAGAUAUUAAUUUUUGUAUGGUAUGAAUUUGUCUUAAAGAAAAAAGGCGAUAUAUUGCUUGUUCAGGUUUUUUAUUGUUUGUUUUUACUACUUUGCAAUUGUUUUUUCCCCCUUUCUUGUCUAGUCCAAUAGCAAGUCCCUGUCAGAGUCGCUCUCAUGUGGCAUCCCCUUUGAACUCAAAUGGAGGCAUCAGUGUUGUUGUUAAAGAGGAACCCGCAGAUGACUAUGAUUAUGGGCCAAGUGUAUGUAUGGAAGAAGUAGAUGUGAAGCAGGAAGAAGCGCGUAACAUGGCAGAAGAAUAUUCAAAUAGAGUUGACUCCAUCCUGGAGAAGCGGCGAAAGAAUCACAGGGAAGUAGGCAAGAAGGAAAUGGAAUUUGAAUCCCGUAAGCGACCACAGACCAACCAGCUGGGUGUUGCCAAAGCAAAGAUGUUGAAACUGGAUAGUGGAAAGUUGCCUGUAGUCUAUCUAGCACCCUGUUCAGUUACCAAGAAUACAGUUAAGGUCUCUGCUCUUUCACAGGCCAUAUUGUCUCUUUCUAAGAGCGCAGAAUCACCUUUGAGUCAUCCAUUGGAUUAUUUGCCUACUUGUUCUGAAAAUAACAGUGUCUCCAGCCCCUUUACAGCUUUGGAAACAGAGGAAAUGCUAACUAGAAAACAGGUAUCUGAAAAUAAUGUGCCACACAAAUCACCUACGGCAAGAGAUGUGCGAUGGAAAAAUACUGAAACCUGUAACAGUCUUACCAUAACAAAGAAAGUCUCUAGCUGUGGUCUCAAGGCCACUGCAUACCGUGGCCCUUCUUUAGCUAACUUAGUGGGAGGGAAGACAAAUGCAUUCAAGAACCAUAUUUCCCGCAAGAGUAUUGUUGAUAACCAAAAGGUUAGGUUGCCUGGCCCACGUAAAAGAGGAAGACCACGGAAAAUAAGGUUUUCUGAAGUUGGAAGACCACCUAAAUAUACUAGAAAGUCCAUUACUACAAGUAAUUAUGCCUCCUUUGGACCUGGCAAUAUCCAUUUGGAUGUUAAACCCGACCUUGAGGAUGUGGACGGAGUACUCUUUGUAUCAUUUGCAUCCAAGGUAAUUCUAUUUCUGAAAUUUAAAGUUGUUAGAAGUACUAAGUCACAUUAUAAAAGCCAUUAAGUUAAAAAUCUGCAGAUGUAUUUCUUAAUUGACAUUGAACCAUGGGAUCUUGGAGUUUGCUUAAGCUUUGCAUUGUGGCUUUCUAUAUUAUAAAACUCUUGAUUAUUAGCUCCAAAUGUAAUGAUUUGGACUCCGAGGCUUGGGGUGGUAUGCAACACUGUUUAUCAAGGGGUGGUAUAUGAGUGGAGUUUUCACCCAGCAGGACUUCAUCUUCGUCACCUCUACAGUCCCCAAAAAUCUGCUUCAGAGGGUCCCCCAAACCUUUGGAGCAGAUAGAAAGUUUAGAGGGGUCUUCAGGGUGGAAGAGAGGAAGAAUAAAUCCACAUGUGGGGUGACAUACAUUUUGCCAGAGGCAAUCUGGUACACAUAUGGAAACCUCCAUGGACUGCUAGUAGGGGACCAAAAUGUGGUGUUUGGGGAACAUUUGGGGGGCGGUGGUGGUAUGUAGAUCUACAACAUUCUAAGACACCCCAUUCAACCAACAUUACCCAAAACCAAUCCUGAAACAACAGCCCUAGUGCUAGUAUAGUGAAUUUCCUUACAAUUGUAUUCAUUGGAAAAAGGAAAAGAAACAAAAAGAAAAGAAAAGAAAUAAAGAAACAAAAGCAGGGGGCAAGUGUGGGGAAUUGGGUCCCCUGCUCCUGACUUGACCACAUGUAGCCAGCAGGGCUCUGGAUGUAGUAGUUGCUCUACCAUCAAUUUCCCCACCACCUGGAGCUUUUGAUUGUCUCUGGAAUAAACCUAGAAUAGUGUUUUGUCAAUGCAUAUAUUUUAUUCUUUUUACAUUUAGGAAGCCCUGGAUAUCCACAAUGUUGAUAGAGUGGAAGAAAAAGAAAAAAUUCAGAAUAUUCAGACUUCUUCUCUGACUACAUGUGAAAAAGAAGAAUUGCAGAAUAUACAUACUUCUUCACUGGAUGCAUGUAUUAAUCCAGGUAAUAAUGGGAGUAUUAAAAUGGCCUAUUAAGGGCCAAAUCAGGUGUGCAGUUUCCCAGCUGGUGCAGUCUACUUUAAAAACAAAACAAAAAACCUUACAUGUUAGAUGCAGAGAAUCAUUUAACUCUCAGCUAGUUUGGCCCUAUGGAUACUUCUCUUUCUCCCUAAGUGGUCUAAUGUUCAAGUUUGCCAAGCCGAGCAAAUGCAGCAGAGCUGAAGGCUCAUCCUGACUUCCUUAUUUGCCACAUUUCUGGGCACAGGUUUGGACUUUAAAGCUUCGUGUCCAAACAUCUGUCUUUUAGUCCCAGCACUUUCGCUGGGAAAACCACAUUUUACCGCUGAUUUAGAGCAAAUAGCAAUCAGGUUUUCCAUGGCACAAAAGGAAGUCUGGAUGAGCCCUGACCAGUUCUUUUUGGCAUUUUGUCCCUGGCUGAAUCUACACUGAUCUGGAAAACACUAUUUAAAAAAAACACACACACACUAAAAAUUAGCUCCCAAUGCAAUUUCCCAUAGGCAAACGAUCACUGCUCUACAGCGCCCUCUGGUGUCACAUUUUUAUAAUGCAUUUUUUACAUUAAUACUCAACAGUGUCCCUAAGUCCACUGUUUCUGCUGCAAGAGGUUUGCAAGUUUCAUAGAAAUGCUAAGCAUGUGGUCCAGCCUCUGAGGUUCUCUCUCUCUCCAAGACUUUAAAAUACUGAGCACUAGGUGAGGUGAGAGAUGAGAAAAAAUUGGCAUUGACCCUGUACUGUUGAGAGACAGUGCAGUUGCCCUCAUCCAGUUCCUCUCUCUCUCUUUUAGGAGUUGUUGGGGGAAGAGUAUUGUGUGUGUUAUGGGAUUGGGGUAGAAAGUAAAUGAUGCUUAGUCAAGUGAAUUAGAAAUGGUAAAGAUAUUUAAGCAAUUUAAAUAUGUAUUUCACAGACAGUCAGAGAAUACCACAGCUGGAAACAGAAUUGUUGGAAGAGUUGAAAUCUUAUAAGUACAAGCAGGUGAUACAUCCUAGUCUUCGGGAAGGUAAGUGUAAGCACUGUGAAGUAUGUACAAGCUUUGCAUUUACAAAUGCUGUAUAGAAUUUUUAUAUGGCAUUUUCUUCUUGUAGUGGGACUAAAGCUGAACUUAGUGGACCCAACAAUGAGCAUUGAUUUAAAAUAUUUGGGUGUGCAGCUACCACUAAGUUAUUCUGAUGAAUACACAUUGUGGAAAAACGUAAGGACCAAUUCCAGUUCUUAUGGUAAGUCACCGUCUUUCUUAAUACUACAAUGAAGCUUCGAGUUUGAGUUACAGGAUAGCUUUAUGUCUUUAGAAGAAGCAUUUCUGUUUUGGUAGAACAAAUCAGGAACACUUCACUGUUAUGUUAGCACUGAAAUUUUGACUUUGCCUAAAAGAUCUGCUGUUCAAUAGAUGCAUUUACGAUUAAUUGUUUGGUCCCAUAUGGCAGGGUAAACUGAGGCUAAAUAUUUAUGUACAGUUCAGCACACCUUUACCAUACUAAUUUUAGUUGAGUUAGAAACACCUUACUCUUCAUAGGAUUGGGCAGUGCUUAAAGGUAAUGGUUCUGAAGGCUCUUUAUGUAAAAAUAUAGUGUAAGAGCAUAAUCUGUUAAAUUGUUAUCUAGCAGCACAUAAAACUAGCUUGACUGUCUUUCCCACCAGAUACUGGGCUUCCCUUUGUUUCCAGGACUGGAAAGACGAAUGACUUCACAAAGAUAAAAGGAUGGCGAGGGAAGUUACAUAGUUCUUCAAAAAAUGAAGGUAAGAUUUAGGAUGUGUUUCCUGCUACUUUCUCUGAGCCAAAUGAAAUGGGGAAAUGAACUCUCCAGACACCUGCACUCCAGAGUCACUUAACAUAAUGGAUUAGUUGGGUGUCUGGUUAUUCCAUCUACAAAACCCCUAAGUACACUGUUAAUCAGUAGCUGUAACCUGGUAGAAUUAUUGCCUAAACAUACAUAUUUGCUGCUUUGUGUUUAGCCUUGAUUUGGCUUAGAGCUCUGUAUGAACUGGGCCAAUGUAUAGAGUUGAUAUGAUUGUUUACGGUAUAUCAGCCCCUGAAGAAGGAAAGGAUCCUCUCCAAAUUACAAUCACCAAUAAAGUUUGACAUUUAUUGAGAAAUAGUUUGCUUUUGUGUACAACGUGCCUCCCCCUUUUGUUUACUUCUGUUUCUGAGAGCUGGAAGACUUCCAGAAACAGCACUAACCCCCCCCCCCCCCCAAACCACCUUUCUGCUUCUAUAGUGGACAAUGUUUCUUACCACAGCUACUCUGUACAUCAGUUUCUAAAGCUUUUACCAAUGUAAUCUAUGCAAACACAUCAUAAUGAAGUUGACAAUACUCAAUUGAAAAUUGAUUUAUGUGAUUAUUCAGGUAGCAUUUUAGAAGGCUCCUUGAAGAAUCGAUCUGCCUUCUGCAGUGACAAGCUUGAUGAAUAUUUGGAAAAUGAAGGGAAGUUAAUGGAAACGAGCAUGGAAUUCUCUCCUAGUACAUCCAGUUGUCCUGUGGUUUACCAGCUUCCAACUAAAAGCACCAGUUAUGUACGGACACUAGAUAGUGUUCUGAAAAAGCAAUCCAGUGUUACUACUACUAGCUCUUAUACUUUCAAGCCUCUUUCUGUGCCUUCUGUCUCUAGAAAGAAGAGAGAGAAAAUUAAGAAUAAAAAGCAAGCAGGUUCUAGAGGCAAAGAAAAGUCACCCCAGAAGGCUACAAUAGGUUUGCCUGUUGUAACAAAGCAGAAACGCAACUUGACAGCUUUGGAAGAGAAAGUCACUAAGUCUCAGCCAAGUAGUCAAGCAGUUAGUGAGAUAGAUGCUCUCAUGGCAUCAGGCACAGAAGAAAAUGUACAGGGGAAACAGCGUCAGGCACAGCAGCAGCAACAGAGUAAUCGCUUGCCAAGUUUAUCAAAGACUCAGUUGAAGCUGAUGGAUUUGGAGGUUUGCGCAUUGUGGGAUGGUAAACCACGGACUUACAUUACUGAAGAACGAGCAGACCUAUCUCUGUCUACUUUACUCACUGCUCAGGUGAGUUACUCUGUUCAUGAAAGUUUAACGGUGACUUGCCUUCAGCAUAUUUUCCAUUUCUGAAUAAUGGUGUUAAUAGACAUACCUCUAUGGUGAGGGAUUUCUACAAUUUAGGGGUAGCCAAAGAGAUAGUCAUCCCUGGGGUUAUCAUUCCCUGCACUCUUAAGGGUGACGAAACUACAAACAUCUUAAUACACAAGAGGGUCUGUUGGGAUGGAGAUAGGCUUCAAAUACCUGAAAGACUUGAGUUGUUUAGGGUCUUAAACACCAGUGAAUUGGGUCCAGGAGCUGGCAACUACAUGUUGGCCUCUGUCUGUCUCGAGACAGUGGGGUGUGCCUCUGGGAGCAAAGUCAAAUCACUGCAUUAGGCUUACCGAAGUGACUUUCCAGGGCACAAGCCUGAGUAGUGUGUAUGGAGUUCCUAGACAGCCCAGACAACAAAACCCCCCUCUUGGCUUCGCUGAUGUGGUCCAAAGGAAAGCAGAGCAAUACGUUUGGUACCAGCUUAGCUACAGGAGUUGCCUGAAAGAGGCGUACGAGGUGCCAUCCAACCAUCUUAGGGACUCCACUCCAGAUUUGUGUAGGGUUUAGUCCUUAGCCUUUUCUCCUUCCAAAGAUAUCCCAUAAGGCAGUGCAGGUUUAGGAUCAGUUUUCCUUCUUCUAAAUGGGCUACCUUCCCAGGUUGAUGAGCCUAACUCCUCUACAGCAUGUGCAGAACCCACCUUGAUCAUGGGACCCAUUAUUGGUCUCAUCUGCUCUAUUUGCCAGAGCAAUGGCAAAUUGCAUGCGAGGGAAGCCCCUAAUUCACCAAGGGUAUGAGACCCAUUGGCUACUGUCACCUGAUUAAGCUGGCCAAUUGAAGCCAUUCCUGGGAUGUGGCCGCUGUCGCAUGCUGACAGGUUUUAGGACCCACAGGUGAAAGCUGAGCGCAGGUGGACAAACUACCCCAGAAGGAGCAUGACGUCCCCCACCAGAGGUACUACCCCUCCUCUAACACCCCAUAACUGGAAACUAGUGCAGCUGUUUUAAAGCAGACUUACACUUGCAUAUAUUGGAUUCUGGAUUAAUGACUAUAAUUAUAAGAUGCACUUCUGAUUAAAAAUACAGUCAUAUAUACAUUGGUCAAAUGCACAUCCCUAUUCUAUUGGCUACAUUAUUGCUGGAAUUAUGUAUUGCAGAUAGUCUAUUUCAGCAAAAACAAUGGCAUCUUGCAGCACCUUAAAAGCUGUUGUUUUUGUUGCAAUUGACUGAAUACAUCUUCCCUCUGGACAGUGACGUAGCGUGGGGGGUGCAGGAGGGGCCGGGUGCAACAUCUGGGGGUUAGGGUUAGGGGGCGCAAAUCCACGGGUUAGGGGGCGGAAAUCCACGGGUUAGGGGGUGCAAAUUACUUGCCUUGCCCCAGGUGCUGACAACCCACGCUACGCCACUGCCUCUGGAUCUGAAUUGUAGCUUAUUAAGAUACAUAACUCUGUAUCAUGUAAUUCAGGAAUCUACAUUGUGGUAAUUAUGUAUGCAGAUACUUAUCUGGAGAUUUGAGAAGAGUUAUGUAUCUACAUUUUUCAGGCUUCACUAAAAAACAAACCUAUCCACCAAAUAAUCAGAAGGCGAGCACCACCAUGCAACAAUGACUUUUGCCGGCUUGGGUGCAUCUGUUCUAGCUUAGCUCUUGAGAAACGUCAGCCUACGCAUUGCCGCAAGCCAGACUGUAUGUUUGGCUGUGCUUGCCUAAAAAGAAAGGUAGUCCUAGUUAAAGGAAGUUCAAAGGAAAAGAAGAUCCUGGAGGAGUCUCUGUGUGGAAGGAAUAGAUUGUAUUGCGAAAGUGAAGUGAAACAACAGGAAGAGGUGAUGGAAAAAGAGGAGAAGAAAGAGAAACUGAAAUUUAAAGAUAAGAAGAAGAAGAAAAAGGUGGAAUAUAGUAAGUAUAAUCAAUAGCAAGCAGCUACUUCUUUUUGUAGGUGUUUGUAAUUAUGUGUGUUUCUGAAUUAAGUACCAAAUGAGAAUUUGGAAAUAAAACUUGUCCAUAAGACAUUUAAAAUAUCAGUAUUCAUGGGUUUCAGUUCAUCUAAAGCUAAUUGCAACUUAAUUUUAUUGAAACUAGUGGAGCAUGUUAAUCAGCGGACUCAUUUGGCAUUAAUGGGACAGGCUGCUAUCCUUUACAUACUUACCUGGGAGUAAGACCUAUUUAGCACAAGGGGGCUUGCAUCUGCGAUAACAUGCAUAGGACCAGGAGGUUUUGUGUGUACCUCUCUGUCUCUGUCCUAAACUUCCCUUUCACCCAGGGGCAUAUAAAUUACUCAAGCUUGGAGCUCUUUCUCCGUAAUAUAAAAAAUAGGUCAUCUUUCUCAUUGGAUAAUGCUUGUGUGAUAUUUUUAUAUUAGAGUAGACAAUAAAUUAUUAAAUAAAUUAUUAAAUCUUUCUACUAGCUAUAUGUGGUACAGAGCCAGAAAAGCCUGUUAAGAGCUUUCCACUGUGGGUUAAAGUAGAUGGAGAAAUGGAUCCAGAACCAGUUUACAUCCCAACACCAUCAACUAUUGAACCAACAAAAUCUAUGCCACCUGUCCCGGAGGUCUUAACAUCCGAUGGCAAACCUGCAGCUGGUGAAGGCAAACCUGCUACCAGUGGAGUCAAAUCAGCACGAGUUUAUGCGCCUAGACCCAAUCCAGUGGUAAGCAAAAGAAACGAGAUUUUGAAGCUGAAUCAGGAGUAUUCCACUUGUUUAUGGCAAAGGCAACCCAAGACAUUUGUUCUUUAAUUCUAAUAUGGGAACGUGAACCAACAUAUUGGGAGUGUACCAAACUGGUAACAUGGGGGAGUGGAAAGUGAAGAAUUAACAGUAUCCUGCUAGCUAGGGAUGAUGAGAGUUGUAGCCCAAAAGCAACUGGAGACCCAAGAGAGCUCUAGAGAGAACCCUUUUUAUCCAGCAGAUAAAGUAUGUGAAAUAUACUUAACUGUCUGUCCUAUAAGUUAAAUUCAUUGCACAGAGGAAACAUUUUCUCAGAAGCAUUAUAUGGUUGUAUCCACUUAGUACCCUUGUGCAAGGGGUUUUGAACAGCUGGAGGCAUCUGCUAAUGGACAAAGGGAGGCAGGUUUUACUUAUUUCCUCCCUGCAGCCCCCCAGAACAGUUGUUGGGGGGCAUUAGGAGCUACAGUGUGAGGAGGAAUUAGGAAAUCACCUCUACCCUUUUGUUAUUGGACAUCUGCUGGAGCAACAUCACUAAGAGGACCAGCUGGAUUCUGCCAUAAUCUUUACCUAGGUGCUCCCUUUGGCAUUUUGUCUAGGUUAUUUGGUGAUAAAAGUGGAGAAAGGGAAUGGUGGAACAGUGAGGCUUUUCCGUGGAUGCACUUCUAACUUGGAAAUCCAUUUAUGUUGGUUUAUAGAUUCGAGAAGAGGAUAAGGACCCUGUCUAUAUAUAUUUUGAAAGCAUGAUGACUUGUGCUCGUGUUCGGAUAUAUGAUCGUAAAAAACAGGAGAAAAAGCAGCAACAGAGGUGCCCUUGGAAUUCUGAAAAACACAUUGAAAAGGUAAAAUGUUGUGCCCUCAUAUUUCCUUUAUUAAUGCACUCUGAGUAAAAAAUAAUGACAUCAGACAAACACCUUCAUUAUACUGUUUUUAGACACCUACAGAAAACCUUUUCUGUUUAAAGCCUAACCAGACCCAUGAUCUGUUCUUAAAUCUGUAAAUGUUUUACUGGGUUUAUUAUUUUUAAAGUUUUUAGAUGCUUUGAAUGUUUUAAAUAUGUGUAAAUAUUUUAUCACAGAUUUGGUUGUUGCCCUGAGCUCCUAUGCUGUAGAACAUGGGUAGGCAAACUUCGGCCCGGGGGCCAGAUCUGGCCCAAUCACCUUCUAAAUCCAGCCCGCAGACAGUCCAGGCACCAGGGUGUUUUUACAUGAGUAGAAUGUGUCCUCUUAUUUAAAAUGCUUCUCUGGGUUAUUUGUGGGGCAUUGGAAUUCGUUCUUUUUUCUUUCCCCCCAAAAUAUAGUCUGGCCCCCCACAAGGUCUGAGAGACAGUGGACUGGCCCCCUGCUGAAAAAGUUUGCUGACCCCUGCUGUAGAACAAUGAAUAGAAGAUAGGGUUUUCAUUGCUAUUGCAGAAUGCUGGGAGAAGUUUAACAUUUUUCUUCCCUCUAUUUUCCUGAGGAAGGUGCAUUCACUUCCCUGCCCACAAAAUGGCUGGUAUUGAGACUAAAGGGAGAUUACCCUCUGGAGCUAUUAUCAGCCACAAGGGGAUGGGAGGGGUUGGGGUGGGGUUUUUUUAGAGUUUAGCUGGCAAGAAACAUUAUAACAUUCUCUGUCCAUACUCCCAGGCAUCCAUAUAUCGUAGUCAUAUGGCAAAAAAUGGGGUCCAGCCAUGCCUGGUAUUCUGCCCUUUGUGAACUAUAUUAUGAUGAAAAGCUUUGCACAACUGCCAUAUUUCUCAUCAUUUGCUUCCAGGGUUUGAACUCUGUAUUUAAAUAUAUAUUAUUAUUGGAAAUGUGACCCCCCCCGUCUUAUCUUUUCCUCUUCUUUUAAAUCUUUUUCCCAGGAGCAUGAUCCUGAGCCCCAGCCUCUUGAUUUGGAAGAUGAUAAAGAGCCCGGAGGUAAAAUUAAAAACAUGAACUUUGUCCCCAGAUUCCCAAAUUCUGGAGUAGCUCUUUCGGGAUAGGUGAUGAGUGUGCGACUCCUAGACAUUCUGGGGAGGGAGGUGACAAUGAGAUACAUUAAGCCUUCCUUUUGGCCAGUUGACAAUUGAACCUACCUCUGCUUUUUCAAAUAAACAGGCAUGGCAGCCUUGCAGUGGGACAACAGAGGGAUGGAAAGUGUUCCAGUAAGGGAACUGGGUGGUUAACUCACCUACCCCAAUUUAUCCAUAAUGUUAUAAGGGAAUGACCGCGUUCCCAUUAACCUGGGAAGAAGAGAAGCAGGGAAGAGCUGCUGCUGUCUUUGAAUGUUUCCCUGUGUGCUGUGUUAGGCUAUCACAUUCUUUUCUAAUGUCAUUGUUAGAUUAUGGCCAUAGAUUUUUUUUCACAGCAGUGGAAUGCUUACAAUUAAUUAUGCUCAGGGGCUCUGCAUGCUUGUAUAAUUCAUUUUCUGUACUUUAACACCUAUUGGUGUUCCCAGGACAGCUCGUGGAACAAGCAUUUGUGGUGGAGGGGUAUACCUAAGUGAGUUCAGAAGAGUAGCUCAAGUUCCUAUUGUUUGACAAAGAUGGGCUUAGUUGUUUGUUUUGCCUAUGUUAAAAUGCUACUGGUUGUGCCACAUCUCAGGAGAUUGACCCAAGCACUCUUGAUUACUUGCAGUUAUACACACAGAGACAUACAGAAACAUCCUUCCCUCCCCGCCCCCCACGUAUCCUUGAACUGUGGUGAUGUCUCUUGCUUGCCGAGAUUGGAAAGAUAUACGUAGAAAUCUGUGACUUGCAUAGCUAAAAUGUAGCCUAGUGUGCAAAGGUUUUGUGUCACAUCCAUUGCUCAGCCCACUUUUGCCUCUGACAUUGCUCAUGACUGGAAUGUGGCCCCCAGACUGCAAAAGGUUCCCCAGCCCUUUGAUACAUUUUUGGCCAUCCUACCUUUAAAACUGAUAGUGUUGCAACUUGGUAAGAAAUGAUAAUGUAACCACUGGUAAGAAAUGAUAAUGUAACCACUGUACCUUUCUGGCAGAUAGAAAUACGGUAUUUCAUUGAAAACAAGGGGUGGAGAACAGGGCCCACUUCUUAGACAUGGGGACUAAUUAGGCAUUGUUAAUUAGGAAAUGUUGCCCAAGUCUUUAAUUUGCUUGGUUUCCUCUGCUGCUACAACACUAAAGAAACCUGUUUCCAUUUUUUUUCAGAUAAAACCUGGUGGUUUUCCUGUAGUGCUGGGGAUCCAUCAACUUCAUAUGUACAUCAUACUACACGAGGUGGAACAACCAAACUAAUUGAGAUUGUUUCUGAUUGCAACUGGGAGGAAGAUCGCAAUGAGAUCUUGAACCUCCUGUCACAGCAUGUCAAGAGUAAGAUGCCCAAGUCCCUUAAAGUAGGAAAUUUUGUUAUUGAUCUAGAAUCUGAAACCAAAACGUGGGAUGAGAAGAACACUCCUGUCUAUUCCUCCCGGGUGAAAAUCUCCAUGCUAUCCAGUCAAAACAAGGAUGAAAAGGCUCAUAUUUCUGUUUUGGAGGCUUCUGAUAAUAGAUUGUCACCAUGCAAAAAGACAGAAAAAGUCACAUUCUUAACAGCUGGCAUGUUACGGGAGAGGAGGAAGAAAGGAUUACCUUUUUAUGCUGGGCUUUCUCCUGCUGGAAAGCUGAUUGCUUACACAUGCAAAUCUGAUUUGAAUUCCUCAUCUUUGAUUCAGGUGGGUUGCAUUUCUUAUGCUUUGAUGAUUUUUUAAUGUGUUAUUUUUAGGACACCAGCCAGUUUUUUUCCUCAUGUAUCUUUUGCUCAUUGAGUGGAGAAAUACAGCUAGCAUGGCAUAGGCCUUUCCUGUGGGGCCAGGAGGGCAGUCUCCCAAUCUUUUAACUGGAGGAGAAAGAGGAGGCCAAUGCCUUGACUCCCUGGCCAGAAGGCAGCAACAGAACCCCAAGGCCAGCUGUCCAGAGUAUCUUGUCAUUCUCGCAUAUCCCCAGUGUGCAGUAAAAGGUUGGGUCCACGUUUGAGAUAGGCACAGGUUUGAAAAUAUUUCAGUUCCGGUUGUAGGAUGUUGGAGAGGGUGAAACUGAGAUAUGCCAUGGAAUUGCACAGGAUCCUUUGACAAAUUCUUUCCUGCCCCAGUCUCUGGCAGCCCAGUGUUGCUCCUUGUGAAGCCUGCUGCUGCCCCGGUACCCAGAGCUAAGCCGUGGCUUGACUUGGCAUUAAGUCUGAACUGAGGCUUGAGGUUCAUUUAGUUCCAGAUAAACUACAAGCUGUAGAUAUAGUUUCUUCUUUGCCUUACUGCUCAUAGUUUAUCUCUGGGAGGCAACCUAUGGGCCCAGGUUCAGACAUAAUGCUAAUUUAAACCAUGACAUAGCUCUGAAUAGCAGUACCAGAGGUGGAGGAAAGCAACCACAAUGUUUCCUGUGAGUACCCAUAUGCUCAGUCCUUUCUCACUUAGCCAUGGUUUGGCUUAGCAGUAUGUGCAAACUGGACCGGUGUCUGAAUUAAACCAAUUAUUAUCUACAGUGAUACCGGGUGAUAACCACGGUUAGUCAUACGCAGAGUAAACCCAUUCAGAUCGAUGGACUUAAAUUAUGUAAGCCCAUUGAUUUUAGUGCAUGUAAUGUAUGACUUGGUUAGAUAACAUUCAUUGGCAUUGGCCAGUAGUCUCUCUCAGUAUAAAAUAAAUACCCUGUGGUAUGUGAUAGUCAUAUUACACUGGAUUCUCCUGAUCUGCUGGAUAGAGGAGUGGUCAGCUGGGAACCUUUUAGCCCACUCUCUUUAGAAAUCUAGCACUUCAGGGUUUUGGAGACCAAGGCUACAAUCCUGUUCCUACUUUAUUGGGAGUAAGCUCCGUUGAACAGAUUGCAAACUUGCAUAAAAUUAGGUUGUCCUUGCUUGUACAUGUAAAUAGAAUUUGUAUUCUGAGUCUAUGUAAUGGCUAGACUGAGUGUUGGACCUGGACUGGGAAAACCCAAGUUUAAAUCUUCAUCAGCCAUGAAGCUUACUGGGUGACCUUUUAAGACAGAAUGAAAUUUCAAACAUAUCGUGGCAUUGGCAGUCAACUAUCUAAGGUGGAGGAAUAAGGAACUGAACUGGGCUAGAGCUCCUUGUGUGAGCCUAAUUAGUGCUUUGGAUCCCAGGCAUUGUUAAAAAGAAAAGAAAAAAAGACAGGGUUAGCAACUGUUUGUAUAUUUCUCUUUUUAUUGCAGGUUAAUGGUAAAAAAUACCCUCAAGCCAAACUGCUUCUAGGACAGAUGGGAGCAUUACAUCCAGCCAAUCGACUUGCUGCUUAUAUCACAGGCAGGCUGCGACCAACAAUGCUUGACCUAUCAACACUCAGUACUGCAAUCUCCAAGGCAGAGUCCGAUGCUAAGCUUGCUUCUUCUGAGCCACAGUCAGCUGAAGUGCCCACAACAGAAAUUUCCAAAACACCAUUUUCCAGUAACACUACAUCCACUUCCACUGUAACAUCACCAAAUGCUCAAGCCUCAACACAGAAGCAGAUAGGUAGGUCAAAACCUUAUUUUCUGUAUUAUAAAUUGUCUGAAUUGUAAAGCAUAAAAAGCAUGGAAGGUGAGAGUAUAGUAUUCAUAUUUAUUUAUAUACUGUAAUAUCCUUCAUCAAGCUGCUUUGAGACUUUUUUUUUGCCACAUGCAGCAUGAUUAGGUGCAAUAUGUUGAAAAUGAGGCAUUGUAACCAGUAAGUGUUAAUUGGGAAAGUGAGGCCUUAGCAUAAAACUAGGUUGAGUGCUGUUAUAGUUUGCGGAAUGGAAAGAUGAAAACUGCUAAUAGUUUUGACUUUGAAAACCUUUCUUUUCAGCUGCUCGGCCUUUACUACACAAUGUGGCGUCUCAGUUGGUUAUAAGCGCCGUUGGGGCACUACACCAGAAGGUUCCUGGAACUAGAAUAACCCAACCUCUGACGGGACCACAGAAAUUUAAUAUCAAAUCUAUGCCGCUCUCCCCUGGGGCAACUACAGUUACUCCUCCUGCUAUUACUGUGUCAUCACUUGCUGGAACUACUGCUAGCCCUGCACCCUGUAACAAAGCUCCCUGCUCUUCUGGCACCGCCAAAGCAAAUGCUGUUGGAAAACCUGAAAACAGGACUGUAUCAACCACAGCUACUAGGACUCCUGUUAAAAUAGCAAAAUCACCUGGAAUUGCUACGCCAGUUGCGACUGUAGCUUUGCCUGGAAUAGGCCCAUCAACCGUUGGUAUUCCAGUUUCUGCAGCAUCUCUAUCUACAAUCUUAACCACAACUGCAUCUGUGACCUCGGUGCCCACACCAACUUCGCCAGUUAGCUGUAUUGCUCCUGGACUCUCAGGAAUUAACAAAAGUCCUUUAUCGAAUCAAAAAGCAGGUAAGGUACCCGUACUGAUGGACCAGUUCUUGCUGGUCCACACACCUGUCACUUUGUCUGUCUGUUAUGAGAGACUGAAGUGCUUGGCAGACUUUUUGAGUGAAUAAAGCCUUGUCUUAAAAUGCAUUUCACUCAUUUCAAAUGAGAAAAUACUUCGCAUGAGUUUUCUCAGUGUUGAUCAAAAUGUCAGAUUUUUCAGCUGCAAAAAAUAAUAAUAAAAGGACCUCCAAGGGGGGUGCGGAGAUGAUGGCAGUUUCUUUUCCAAACUUUUCCUUGUUUUUGUUCCCCUCCUCCCCCAGAACCUUCAUAUCUCUCCUUUGCUGUGUGCAGUGGUUCAAUACUUGUCCGCCAAAUAACUUCUGCACAGCAAAGUUGAUGCAAAAAGACUUCCUUGUGGGUAGAAAGUAUGAGAAUAUCUGUUUUAGAAUAAAAGGGACUUUAGUGAAUUGGCAUGAACUUGUGUGUGUAGAGAUGUCCUGGGAAAAAUUGGUAAGAACUGUUUGAAAUGGGUUUGUAUUCUUUCAAGCCCAAUUUUGCUCUUGGGAAGUUGCUUCCAGUUGGGGAAUUAAAUACUAGUUGCUAGAACAAACAGCAGAAGCUGUUGCUUUCAUAUUAUUGUUACAAGUUCCUCAUAAUGAUCUGUCUGAUACCUGCUGGAAGCAGAAUGUCGGAACUGAUGGAACUUUGGUCACAUAGAUUCUUCUUUGUUGUUGUUUUUUUAAAAAUGCUCUGUAAAUCUUGCUGUAUAAAUGGGACUUUGUUAAGAAGAGUGUUAUUUCCUAAUAUGGCAGGUACUACAAGCCCUCCAGGAUUGUCUCCUGGAGCAGAGAAACGCAUGGGACCACAGCUGCUUUUGAUUCCAGUACCUCAGAGUUCUCCUACAUUGCGACCUCAACAAAACACGCAAGUUGCUCAGGGGAAGAGAAUGAUUUUGCAGCCUCUAAGGAAUCCUGCUGGUGUGAAUCUCUACCGACACCCCAAUGGGCAGAUUAUCCAGCUUGUUCCGCUGCACCAGUUCCAACCUGCAGGACCCCAACCUAGUUUAUCACCCGUAAUGUUACGUAAUCCAGGUACAGAAUGCUGCACAUCUUAUUUAUUUUAUUUUCUGAGAGAGAGCAGUUAAAUACUGGGGGAGGGGAAGCAUAGUUUCCUAUAAUUGUGCAUCUAUUUUUGUUCAGUGCCUAAAGUUAGUUUUAAAAAUUUAUUGUAAUUCAUAUGCUGCCUUUUAAUAUAAAAUGCUUCCAGGACAGGUCUCAAAUAUGAUAUAAAUAUACAUCACAGCGGCAAUAGUUGUAAAAUCAGAGCAGCAUAAAAUAAAAGUCUUAGGAAAAUUAAGUACUACGGUUGAAGGCAUCAGAGUAGGUGUCACGCAAGCCUCCCUCAGAAGAGUAUUCUGAUAAUAGGGCCAUCACCCACCACCAAGGUAGCUAGUUGCAUCCAAGUCCACAGGGGGCAAGAGGACUGCCCAAAGGAAGUCUUCCAAUGACUUCUGUAGCCUGGUUUGUACAAAAUGUUGAACCAUAGUUGAAACUAAACUUUGGUAUAACCCAAUUGAAGACGUGCAGGUGCUCAUAGCUAAUGCAUUUCUGGCUGCUGCGCUGCCAGAAACAAGCCGGAGUUUAUUACUUAUUAAAUUUAUAUCCCACCCUUCCUCCCCAAAGAGCAUUGUCAUAUGUUUGAACCCAGUCUCAUGGUUUGUUUUGAGAGAAACCAUGAGCAGUGAGCCAAAAACAAAACAAUUUUCCCCCCUUUCAAAACUACCCUUCCACAGUUUGCUUUCAUCAAACAAAAAUGAGUUAUCAGGUGGCAAGAAUUACUAAUAGCAUUUCUCAAUUCAUUGCAGGAUCUGUUGUAGAAAUCCGGUUGCCAAGCCCUUCUAAGCUUCCUGAGGUAUCUGUGUGUCAGUCCUCUGUGGUUUCAUCAGUGAUCCCAACCACCCUGGCUGCUUCGGUUCUGUCUGCAACGCCUCCUGUAUUGUCUGUUUCUCCAACAACAAAGGCCAUGUCUGUUUUGCCCGAGACGGCAACCACUGCAGCUGCUUCUAUAUUAUCUGGAAUCCAAACCAUCUCUGCCCCUUUGAUGUUAUCUGUGCCCCCUACUGCUGGGGUUCCUUUGGGGUCGUCUGUUGCCCCUUCCAUUACGCCUAUGCCCCCUGCUGCUGAAACUCCUUCAGUUUUGCCUGUGCCCACUGCUGCUGAGGACCCUCCUGCUUUGACCAUGCCCCUUAGUACCACAGAAGCUUCUGUAUUACCCAGAACCCCUACCACUGAGACCCCAUUAAUGUUACCUGUGCUCCCUACUGCUUCACCCAUAUCUUCUGCCACUGAAGCUCCUUCAGGGUUAUCCAUGUCUUCUGCUUCAGCCGUGUCCUGUGCUGCUGAAGCUCCUUCUGCUUCAACCAUGGCCCCACCUACAGACCAGACGUCGCAGGCCAUUGGAUCUGGGCCCACACUUCCUAUUUCAGCUGCUCAGUCAGAACCGGUCAUUUCUCCUGUCUCACAGGCUGGCACUUUGACUAUGAGGAUUUCUCCUUUGGGGGUUAGUCAGACAACUUCAGAUUCUAAAAUAACAUGCGACACCCGCAGCACACCAGAUAGUACAGAUCAUCUAAUAGCUCUUCAGUCAGGCAGUUUUGCCUUGCUUCAGCUUCCAGGGCAGAAGAAAGUUCCAACUUCCAUUUUGAAACAAGUUGAGGUAAAUAGCACAUCUCAGAAAGAUGAUUUGAGUUCAGUUAAGCCAGAAGGAAAGACAAGAUGCUUACAAGAGGUGGAGGCUAUGGGGUCAGAAGUCACAAUGUCAGAUUCCAGACAGGAAGAAAAUAAGUUGCCAGAAAACCAUUUAGAGCCCUCUUGUGAAAAGCUCACGUGUGACAGGAAUGCUAUAACCUCAGAGACAGCCGAGAAGGAUGCAGAAAUCUUGGAAGAAUUAGCAAGUGAUGAUCCUAUCCUUGAACCUGAGAUUGCAUCAUUGGACCGCUCCUACAUCAGCCAGGAAAUAAAGUCUGGGGGAAAUAAAGUGAUGGCUAAUGUUAAACAUCCUGAAGACACCCCAAAUGAAGUUUCAUGUAGUUCUGAGAGCGUUACUGAGAGUUGCAGUCAAACUGCAGUCCUAGCACAUGAUGCAUUAAACAAGCAGAAAGUAGCACAACUAAAGAACUCAAAUGAGGAAGAAGCGCACUCUGAGCAAACACAAAGCACAGCAACUGAUUCAGAAGGAGCUGAACAGAAACAGUUAGAAACAGAUGAGGAAAUGAUUAUUGAACCAUCUCAGAAGCCUUGGGAUGAGUGCAAGGUACAAACGAAUUGUGCAGAAAAACUGGAGAGAAAAACGAAAUCAUAUCUGAGUCCACAGGGAAAUGAAGACCAGGAACUACUAGGGCAAAACAUGAAGGAAAAGGGUCAUUCUGUGGCAGCACAGAGGGAUAGAGGCGAGGUCAGAAGGAAGCAUAAGGUUACUAGUGCAAAUGGUCAAAAUACCACAUUGGGAAGCAAAUAUGUAAAUAAUGCACUAGAAUUUUCAUAUAAAAGAGAUACUGGUGUUCAGAAAGAUAACUUGACUGUUAAAGAUGGCCUUGUUCAAGUUAGCAAAACUUGGAGCAAAACAUCGAGGCCUUCAGAUGCUUUGGAAAACAAAAAUAAGAAUGGUGCUGAUGAGUUUGUAAAGAAAUUUCCUAAAUGUGAGAAACAACAGAAUAUACUGAAAACCAGCUAUCACAGAAAGGAUUCUCUGCCUGCCAUUAUUAAUAUUACCAUGGAUAAUACAGAAAAAGAUGAAAAAACAGAUGAUUCUGCAGAUGAGAUGGCCGAUGAAGCAUCUGGCUAUCAAAGUGAAGAUAUAGUGAAUGUAGAAACACUGGUGAGUACAUCUUUAAAAUGGAAGCACAAGUCAUUGUAAAAUUGUUUUGCUGGUUUUAUAUGGAUUUUGCAUGCUGUCAUUUCUUUCUUUCCCUCCAACGAUAGUGCCAAAGACUUUUAUGUUCACUCAGCCCUUGGUUUGUGCCUGCAUCCUAUGAUUUUGUACUAUUCCUGAUUAUUAGUUUGUGAUCAGAUGUAUGUAUUGGUUUUCAGGUCAGUAAAAGUUUGAAAGCCACAGACAUUAAGUAGGUAAAAAGAAGUAAUAGGUAAGACAUUAAGAACUGUGAUGAGGACAGAGCAGGUAGUGGGAAGGAAGAACAACGAAGAACUGCAAGGCAGGGGUGGACUUAGGGUUAUAAAUCACUGCCUUAUAAAGGAGGAAACUAUUUAAAUACUUCAAAACUGAAUUCUUGGCCAAUUAUACAAAAAAUAAUGGGUUGUUUUCCAAAGUGAGUAGUUUAAAUAGAAGAGCAAUUCUGAAAAUAUUAUUUACCUUUUAGUAUGUUGCUGAUCUUGAUAUCCUUUAGCGCUAAGAAACUCUUCUUGUCAGUGCAAGUAUUCUUGCUUGCACAAUGUAACUCCUCCCCACCCCCCCGCAAAAAAAAAAAUAAUGUUCUGGGUUUUCACUUAGUCCUUCAGAGUGGAUUUAGAGAGGGCACAGGGCAUGUGUGAGUGAAGGGGGAAAUUAUGUUGCACAGUCAGAAAGCCUUGUGCUGGUGGAACAAGUUAGUUGGGUACUGACAUUGGUUCUAAUCUUAAGUUUCAAGUCUGGGCAAAUUGUCCAUUUAAAAGAACUAACCUGCAAGAGUAGUGAUGCUGGCUUCUCAAGGUAAUAUCUAGGAUGUAGAUCAUAAGAUAUACUGUAUUAAGCUUCCAUGUACAUGAUGAAACAAAAUGUAUUUAAAAUGUGUAACUAUGUAAGUUACAUAGUACCUGUAAAAAAAACCUACUGACUUAUAUCCAUUUUCCCGCGCACCAUUUUUCUAUUACACCUUGAACAUAUGUGGGUUUUUAAUUGGUAUCAAGAUUCAGCAUACUUCUUCCCCCAUUGCUAACUUUUCUUUGCUUCAGGAUAACUUGUUUAUUUUUGUAUGAUUUGUAUUUUUAAUUUUUAUUAACAGUUUAAAAAGAAAAUACUUGCAAUUUAGAAUGAAGUUGUUUUCUUUUUUCUGCCUGUUCCUUUUACAACAUGGAACAUUUCUGUUAUAUCUACAGAAUGUAAAUGCAUUCCGCAGUUACAUGAGAGUAGUAACAAAAGAUUGUGCCUGACACUGCAUGGACAAACUAUCAUGUUUUCAGUUGUUAUGAUACAAAGUUUCAGAUUAAACUGAUUAUUGUUUGCUUAUACUUUUACGUUUAUGAAUUCAGCUAUACUUCCUCAGUGAUUCAAUACUUGUUUUUAUAUCAAUGUUAUAUCUGCUUUAGUGUUAAAAAAUAUUUAAUUUUAUCAAUGCAGUUGUUGCAUAGAAAAAUUGCUGUGAAUUAUAUCAUCACUUCUUAAAGAUGUAGUUUUUUCUUACGUACUCAUUUUUUAAAAAGAACUAGCAUGUCUUGCUGUGAAUUGUCUGUAAGUUGAUCAUUGUCUUUUAAAUCUUGCUUCAGAGUGAAAGUGAAUCUAAUGGAUCAGAGGAGAAUGUGGACAUUGAAACUGUGGAGGAACUCACAGAGCAAAUUAACAUUGCUCGGCUGAAAGCUACAGCUGCCCAUGUCAUACUAUCCAAACAAUUGUAAGCAGUUAAAAUAAUAAUAAUUGUAAUAUUUUUACCAUCAGUUAUGUAGUUCUAGAUCAUUAAAAAUGUAAUGAUCUCACUUGACCUAGGCGCUAAUGAGACCUCUUUGGAGGAAGAGGCUUGGGGCCCCAUGUAGCACCCCCUGCCACAGAAGACAUGGUGCUUCAGGGAACAAGAUUGUUUUCUUGAGGCCAAGGUAGUUGACCUGGAGACCUUCAGAGACAUUAUAGCUGCACCACACUGCCAUGGAGAAUGAGGGUUUUGGGUGCCAUUCCGAAGGGGGGAAAAGAUGAUCCUUCGUAGGGACCCAGGACAAGCAGUUAGUCCUUUGUGACAAAGAAUUGCUCCUCUGAGGGACAGGGGCAUCCAUGUGUCUUAAGAUAAACCCGACUGGAAACCCGCACAACCAAAAUGACAUCCAUUUUUGUCUUGCAGGAACUCUGUGCAUGACCAUUCUAGUCAGAAGAUUGCCAAGACUCCCAAGGUAGAUACACGUCUGCUUACUUGUUUUUCUUCUUCUCUGUAAUACAUGUUGCCAGUCCCAAAGAUGCACCAGUUUAUUUUUUAGUGCCUCUAAGGGUGGAGCAAGAUGUGCCUCUGUUUAGUACCUAAUAUGCAAAUCCUGUAUCAUGCCCCGCUCCACCUCCAUAAUAUUUAGUAAGACUUACCAGUGUUUCUCGUCCAGUGAGACAGAGUAUGAAUGUCGAAAAGCAGGGAAAAACAGGAGAGCUCUGUAUGGGGGUGCCAUUGUUAACAGCAUCUGGUUCUUCUCUCAAGCUAUAGGGGGCCAGCUUGGCUAUGAGAUAUCGAGAACAAGAAAAUGAAGGUUCCAAGGACUGGCUAUUGCAGAAGAGUCUGCAUUGCUACAUGCUUCUCUUUUGCACUCAUUGCUGUUACUAGAGAAGAGAGGAAAAAGGGGGGGGGGAAUCCAAGUGCAAGAAAUUCAAUAUUUAAAAAUGUAUUUCGUUUCUAACACCUGGAGAUUUUUCCUUUAUUUGGGGUUUUUUUGCUUGCUGCUGUUUCUGUCCCAAUUUUAAUAGUUUUAUUGAAUCAUUGGCUCAGGUGGGUUGCUCAUAGUUCAGCCUGUAUAAGAGAGUACUUUGUUACUGCCAUCUUAUUUUAAUGUUUUCUGCAGAAUUAAUUUGUUAUAUACUUUGGACUUGAUUUGUGACCACCACCGCUGAGGGCAUUCCUGGCACAUGUAGUUGUGCCUAGGUUUGGUAACACUCAUUGUUCUAACUGAGAAUCAAUAGCUUUUGCUCUGCUUCAUUCAUGGCUCACUCAUUUCCCGUGCAGCAUCUCCAGAGUCAGAUACCUCCUUAAGCUCCACCUUUUAAAAGUUCUGCUCAGUUUUGUUGAAAUGCUGGACCAGGACUUAAAGAUAUACAUGUACGAGUCACUGUUUGGGCUGCAUGUCUAUAUGUUUUGAACAGUUCUCAAGAGGAGCUGUGUUUUUGCUUUUCAGCCACAACCUGAAUUGCCAAACAAAAAACCAAAGAAUGAGGAAGAAACCUUUUCGAAUUACCGCGAAACACACACAGCAAAUGAACGUCGCCGUCGUAAGGAAAUGAGGAGACUCUUUGAAAAACUGAAGGUUACUUUAGGAUUGCAGAUGGUCCCCAAGGUUUCCAAAUGUUUCAUCCUGAAGCAGGUUGGUAUUUUAUAGCUUGGAGGGAGGCAGUAGGACAAAGUUGCAUGUUGACAGAAAAAGAGAUGGACAUUUCUGCAGUUACUAUUCAUCAACUUACUAUCACGGCAACUAAACUGACUAAAGAAUCUUUGAUUGAUUAAUUGAUUUUUUAGUGGUAUAAAUCAGCAUAAAUUGGAUUUUUGAGCAAGAACAGUCAUUCCAAAGAGAAAAUGCUUUGUUUGGAUUUUUAAAGCUUGUAUGUCUCAUGGCCGCAACUAUAUUAGAAAAGGCAUCCCAUCCUCUGCGUGAGAGAAGGGAGUGGUCCCUUUUCUAUGAGGGCAGUUCACAGAGAUAUUUAAGACUUGCUUGUCAAACUAACUAUUACUUUUCAAAAGAUCUUCCCAAUUAAGUAGAGACACAUUUUUAAUUUAUGAAAAAGUUUUAAUUGAUUAAUCAAAUGGAUUAAUCAACUGAGCAUUUCAUCUCUGCAUUACAUACUGGAAACUCAAAAGACAUGUGAAUAGCAAUUGAAAACCUCUUAAGUGCCUAUUUUGUGUCUCAUCAAUUCUUUUUCAUAGCACUUUUGGUAAAAACAAAAGCAAAACAACUGCAGUUUAUCAUUCACACUGUUUUUGCCUGGUAUUUGACUUGCCUUCUUUGUAGAGUGCUGCUUUUUCCUCUAAAACGCUCUCAGGAGAUCCAUCUUCAGAAUGUAGCAGAAGCAGUUUGCAGUUUUUUUGUUUAACUUUUCACAAAUCUCUCUUCCACAUAAGUAGGAAGAAAGAGAAGCUGCCUUUAUUUACUUUUAGGUAUAUUCUACUGGAAUCUAAAAGUGAGUCCUUGGUCCUUUUUCAGGCCUUGGAAGAGAUACAGGGGCUAACGGAUCAAGCAGACAAACUCUUGGGUCAGAAAAACUUGUUGAUGCGCAAGCAGGACACCUUGAUCCGUAAAGUAUCUGCCCUUUCAGGUGAGUUGACAUUAAAGAGAAAGCCCUAAAACCUGAAGAGAGCCUCUGGGAUAUGGGGAUGCUGGGAUUGUCCCAAGAGCUACUAUUUCAAAUACAUGAAAGGUACUAAGUUGCUGAAGUUUUUUACUCCAUGGAAAUUAAACCUCAAGACCUGUAAAGUUGUCUAGGUAUGUCAAGUAAUGUUGUGUAAGUUUUGUUCUAUGAAACACUGCAUGUUUAAGUUUCGGGAAGUAUGCUAGAUAUGAGGGAGAACUUGACUACUCCUUUCUUCUGUAGGCAAGACACAGGAAGUAGUCUUGAAGAAGCUAGAAUACAUUUAUGCAAAACAGAAAGCGGUAGAAGCACAAAAGAAGCAGCAGCAAGCAGAACCUAUGGAUGUGGUUGAAACUCUGGAGACUGCUAAGCCCUCAGUGGAAAACAGCCCCUCUUCUCUCUUUAAAGAGAUGAAACCAGCAACCUUGUCCAGCAAGCAUACAAAACCAUUGAUACUUUCCAGGAAAGGAAGCUGUGCCACAGGUAGGCUAAGUGAACAUGGAUUAGUUGAAUAUCACACAAAUGGGAAUUCUUGGAAGCAUUGUAUCUGCUAGUCUCACAUAGCCUGUUAUAUUAUGCAUAGUGCAAGUUUUUUUUAAUUAAAACAAAAGUAAGGAGACUUACCAAUAGAAAACAUGUAAUUCUCUCAUACCUCUAGUAUAUAGUUCAGCCUGUGUAAGACAGUACUUUGUUACUGCCAUCUUAUUUUAAUAUUUUCUGCAAAAUUAAUUUGUUUUCACAUUUGCUGCUUAAAACUUGCUGUGUGAUGUUAAAUUUGUUAGUAUUGGUAACAGUGGGUUACAUUUUUGAAUGCUACGAGGUUGAUUGGUGAAGUUAAUAUUGAUAUAUAUAACGCUGCUUCCCUUUUUACACUCUUAUCUUCACACAUCUUUCUUUUGACUUCCUUGUAGGGGACAUACCCAUGACAUUAACAAAUGCUAGCCUAGUAAUGACAGCAAAUGGCCAGGUGCUUGCAUUCAAGAGUCCCUUGGUGCCAGGACAAGUUGCUGCCUUCCCUUCCACACUCCUGCAAACUGAACUCAAAUCAGAGGCUGACAGCAGUAAUGGGACAGGACAGCCAGGUAAGGGUCACAGAAUGACUGAAAAAUCAAAGCUGGAUGCGUGACUAUUUCUGAAUGGAACUUUUCAAAGCAAGCAUUCUUCAUAAAAAGUGAAAAAUAUUUCUCUUAGGUUGUCUCUUCCAGUUUCCAGUCUUGAUAUUUAAAAAAUGUAAUACUUAUUUCUGUAUCUAUGCCUUAGAGAAGUAGAUAAUUGAUUUUUGCUGAAGGAAUAUCAAGGAGAUAUUGAUAUACAAAUAGUACAAGGAAUCUUGUGGAUGGUACCUGUUACUAGAUGAGAUGAAACAAAAUGUUCCUCUGAAACCAUGUGUUUACCAUAAUAGCUAAUCUGCUUAAUAUUUUUUUCCUUGACAGUAUGUGUGAAAGUUAACUCACUGUUUCUCGCUUAAUAUAAGGUAUUGCUUCUGUGAUGAUUCAGUUGCCAGGCUCAGCAGUACCAGUGGAAGUGAAAGGUAUCCUUCCGAACUCCACAGUUCCCAUUACCUUGUCUGCUGUAACCAGUAACUCACUCACUCCAGUUGCAGAAACAGCUCCAGAGCUCACUUCAGGUAAACUUGCAUUAGUUCCUUACUAAAUUUCUGGCACUGAAAAAAUGAAUUCUAACUGCAAUAACUUACAUGCUUCCUCUUUCUCCCUAUUGUAUUUAAUUGAUUUAUAGAAAUACUUAUAUACUACCCUCUUGCAAAAGAUCAGGGCGGUGUACAGCAACAUAAAAAACCUUUAAAAGAAGCAUAGAAUGAUCACAAAAAUGACUGGCUACUCAAGGAAAUGUAAACAACUACAUAAGCCUGUCAGGAUGUAAUAAAUAUUACUGUCUCACCUCAACAGUCCUUUGUUGCCAAAAAUGUACAGUGCAGACUUUCCAGCACUGCCCACAAAUGAUUUGUGUUAGAACUCGCAACAUAUGCGAUCACUAUAGUUAAAGAAGUUCAUAGUGUAUGUCUCAAGUCUCACAGGUGUUCCCAUGCAAAUGUGGCCUGUGCUGCUUUAAAAUGUGGCUGCAGUAACAAAAACUUCAUUAUAUUCACAUGUACAGUGCUGGGGUAGGGGUGUAUUUGGCAGUAUAAAGAUUACCUCAUGAACAACUGGCAUCCAGCACGUCUGAGGAUAAGGCGUGUAUGCCUGGACCUAUGAGUAGUUGUUGUCAGUGGCCAUACUGUGAAUUGCCCCAGAAAUGAUACAGGCAGCAGAAGAUUGUCCCUAAAAUUGACCUCUGCACCAGAGAAUUAGAAAGUAGCUGAUGUAACACAGCUUUUUAAAUGGGUCCAGUGAAGAAUCUGUGAAAUGACAGACCAGUUAGCUUAACAUCUGCUCAGCUUAAAAUAGUGGAAAUUAUUAUUUAAAUACCUUUUUUUACAGGACUUCCUUACCCCAGUCCAGGGUCCUAAUUUGUCGUCCCCCCACUCCACUUUUUGUCCACAUGCCAGUCCACUGAUUGGGACUGUAAAAAGAAAAAAGAGAAAUAAAGUAAACACACCCAGCCCCUUACCCUGAAAGGGAUGCAAACUGCACUUUUGAGGCGACAGUUUGAAUUCAUCAGCUGAGGAAGAGGGCACACUGUGUGUACUGUAUGUGUACACUGUGCACAUACAUGAGUUUUGCAUUCGAGAGCAGUGGGUGGCCAGAGGUGAAAAUGACCCUCAGGCCAAAUGUGGCUUGCCACCCUGAUUCCUGCUGAAGGAGAAUGUUUUUUACUACUUCUGCAAAAGGAAGUCCUGCCUCGCCCAGCUGUUGGAGUUCUUCAAGAGUAUUGGUUAUCAGGGUUAUGGAAAGAGGGUGGUCCUCUUCUGAAUCAGUAACUGCUUAAAGAGCAGGCAGCAUAGAGUAGAAAUAAAUGGAUAGUUUUUACGGAGAAGGGAAAUCUUGGGAUCCCCCAAGUAAUACUUUGGUGUUUUUUAACUUCAUAAAUAAUCUAGAGCAGUGGUUCCCAAUUAGCUAAGUACUGCUGACCCCCUGUUUCUCAAAUGUCAACAAAAUGGCAAAUGAGGUUUAUUAUAAAUAACUGUGAAGUGAUGCAGAUUGGGGCAAUUCCCCCCCCCCAAAAAAAACCUUCAGGGUAUGUUUAUAAGGCCUGAACGGGCAGAGGCUAACAAGGAAGGAGAUCUGUUGAAGUGAUAAGUGGUUUACAUUUGGAGAAGCCGUUUAGGACAGAUCCUGUCUCCAGUAUUCUAACAGGCCUUUCUUUGUUCUGGCUUACAGAAACUGAAGACUCAUUCAUGAUGCCAAGAAUAGUAAAUGUGACAUCACUGGCUACUGAAGAAGAUACAAAUUUAAACCUGGAUGCAAAUAAGAAUCCUGAUGUAACCUUGGAUACUGAUUCCCAGACACCUGAGUCUUCCUUGCAGGUAGUCUCACAUAAAACUACUGAUCUUCAGUCACCAGAAGAAGCAGAACCUUCUUCUGUAAAAGGGAGAGGCACUACUGGAGCAGUACAUGAUUCUCUUAAGCGAAAAGAGAAUUUCCCACAAGUAACAAAUGUCUCUAGUUUGAAGGCAUCCCCAGAACCACUUGCAACAAAACCUGAAGAGUUAGCCGUAAAUCAGGCAAGGUUAAAACAGAUGAACAAGGGAAGUGAUGGACAAAAAUCAAAAGAGUCUUCAUUUCAAAAGCUGCAAAUUAAUGAACCCAAUGACUCCGGGAUAGAAAUGGAGCUGCAAAAAGUAGCCUCUGCAAUACAUGAACCAGCACUGGAUGCAAAUGACUUAAUGGGCAUAGAGGAGACUGAUGACACAGAUGAAACCCUCACCUCUCUGCUGAAUGAAAUUGCAUUUCUUAAUCAGCAGUUGAAUGACGAUGCUUCAGACAUAUCAGAACUCCCCAACUCCCUGAGCUCUGGCUUUUCUCUAGGAGAUAUGGAAAGUCGCAGGCAAUCAACUACUGCAGAAGGCUCUCCCUUUCCGUUUGGUGCCAUGAGUGGGAGCUUUAAGGACCUUUCAAUAGUUCAAGAGAGCAGUGAUUCCAUAACUCCUCUUCUGCUUCACUUGGAUGAUGAAGAUCUACCUGAUGGUAACAAGAACUCGGGAGAUCCUUCGUCUGAUUCUGAUGCUUUAAAAAUCAUGUUAGGAUCUGAAGUAAAGGACCCAAAUCCUGAUCACUCAGCGGCAAAUAGUUGUGGAAGUGGAAAAACUGAGCAAUCUGCGGCAAAGACAAGAAGUGUGUCACCUCCCAUUCUGCAGAUGAAAACUAACCUGGAAGCUGGCAAAGCUGACAUGGCAUGGAGGCCUAUGCCCAAACUGGCACCACUUGGAUUAAAAGCUGCUAACUUUCCAUUAGAAUCAGAGGGACAGAAUACUAAGGUGAUGCCUUCAUUGGCACCCGUUGCUUCAAAAGAGAUAAAAACUGCACAGCCAGUGACUAGUCCAAGUCAGGACGGUAAUGAAACACUCACUUUAGCACCUGCGGCUGCAGAAUCAAAAUAGUAUUGUGGCUUUACCUUCAGGUGCUUUUUGGUAAUAAUGUUUGAUUUUUCAGAGGCUUUCAUAGUUAAUCAGAACUUCAAUUAUGACACAUCUCCAACAUCUAGAUUCUUAGGUUGCAUGUGCCAGUGUGCAUGUAAUAUAUGAGGCUAGAUGUUUGAACUUGAUUGGUAAAAGAUGACAUUCAAUAAAGAGUAAGAGACUAGUCAGAUAAAUUAUGCCCUUUUCUGACAGUCACAGAAAGCAUCCAUUUGAGAUAUUUUCAAACAUUUUUAGCAUUUCAGAAAAAUUAUUCAGGACUGUGAAUAGCUUAUAUACAUAUAUCUUAACAUAUUACUCAAGAGCCUCAUGCAAGCAUUUGAGGCACAAGAUGUAUUUUUUCUUCUAAUAUCUAUAAAUUGAAUAGUUUGGGGGCUUCGCUUUUAACCUAGUGAAUGUGAAGGGAUUUCAUACUAUAAAAUGAUUGUAUAUUUUUGUACACAGGCUUUUUUUGUAAAUACAUAAAAUAAUGACAUUUCAUAUAUAUCAAAAAGUUAAUGAUUAUUUCUAAUGAUUGUAAAUAAGAAAUUUUGAGAACUAACAUGGCAUCUGAGUGCUCUGAGCAGGUCAAUAACUGUUAAAUCUGAUAAUUGCUGCAUUUUUCUUGUCUUGCAUAAUUGUACAAAGCAAUGUAGAUCUGUGUUCCAGCUAUCCUGGCAGAAAGUAUUAAGGCUUCCCACUCCCUGUUGUGAUUUACUCAUAUUUGAAGCUCCUAUCUCCAGGCUCAACCAGCUGGCGAUAGGCAGUCUUCUGCAUACAUGCUGAAAGUAGUACACAAGGUCCAGUUUGCUCAUACAGGAAAGUGUCCUGCGUUAUACAUUAAGCCCCUCCCACUCUCCAUCUGUGUGUAGGUUAGGUGUAUUGGGUUGGACUUGCACAUGAUGGGUAGUUUCAUUAUCAUUUCUCAUGAUGUUGAUUAAAUGUACUGUGUAGCCACUGAAACUCCCAAUUUAAAGUAAAAAAAACAGCACAGGGAAACUAGGAUUUAUUCUCUUGCCUGGUUCAGUUUUUCACAGAAAAUUGCAGCCAAAUGCUUUUACCUGCACUAGGAAAAGAUACAGAUAUUAAUAUAUUUUUCUUAAUGGGGCUAAAAGCAGCUUGGGGUAAGAUAGAGGAUACAAAAUGAGAAAUGGUUAAGACAUGCUCUCCCUCCAUGCCAGAGCUUCACUUCGAAAUGUAGCCUUAGCAAUGUGCUUUAAAUUUGAUUUGAUUUGUAAUUCUACAAAGUAAAAGUUCUUGAUGGGGAUGCAGGAUCUUGUCAGUGUAAUGGAGGAAGCAAUUCAGUAUCUUCUGUAGUCUUCAGUCUUUUGUAAAUUCUCAUUUCUUGCAUGCUUCAUGGUGUUCAUUCAGUGCCUUAGGAUUUGGAAGGGAACUUAGCAUGGUAAUCCUAACCUGCUUGGUUAAAAUCUAAUCCACCACUUCUGUGUUUAGAGAUCAAAAUUAGUUCAGUUGGCUAAUUUCCCAUUUUGUCUGCACUGACACCACCAGUAUGCUAGAAACUCCACUUCUCAUUGGGGCACUUUUUCCUCAAUUUUUCUGCUUCUUCCCUCAGCCCUUUUUUGGCUACCAUCUAUUUGUAUCAAGCUAUUUAAAAAAUCCAGAUAGGGGUCUGACAGAAAAAUAUACCACUAAAGACACCUUACUUUUUGACAAAACGGCUGGUUUGGAGGGACUGUACGUAUGCAUUAUAAUUUAACAAUAGGCAUCGAAGAAUUAGAGGGAAAACUCUGCGUAAGUAAUCAGCAAGGAUCUUCAAAGUACUGAAUACCUUUCUUAUCAUUAUCUCUUUCCUCUCAUCCUCCAUAUAUGUGUUUGGCCCCAAGGCAAAUCCAAGUACAUCCUAAAACAGUUCUAUGAGUUUUGUUUCAAAUAUAGUCUGGAAAAUUAUGUAUGGGGAUUUUUGUAAAUAAUAUUUCAAGAUUAUGAAUUUUAUAGAGAGUGUUUUGUAAUCGAGAGGACAACUGAAACCCUGAAAUGAAAUGGGCACAUUUUCAUUGACCAAGAUUUCUGGAUAUUUGACUUUUAAUACAUCUGUAAAUAGGCUGAAAUGUUUUUUUAAAAAAAAGUAUAAAGAAAUGCCAGAUUUCAUUUUUACUGUACAUUCUCUCUUUUUCUGAAUUUUUCCCAAAACUGGUAUUUUUGUAAACAUUUAACCACAGAGCCUAUCUCAGUAACUAUAAAAUGGAGAAUCUGUAAUAUUAAAAUAAAUAGUCUUCAGCU